AUGCCAUCAAUUGCCAAAAGAGUUGCCUUCCAAGUAGGUAGUGAUAUUUUUGAAAGAACUUCUACUUUCAGUUCAGCCUCUAACAAUGGUUACUAUAUUUCUUUAAGACCCCUAGUUAAACCAAGUAAAACUUCAGAAAUUGAAUUUCCAUUAGAAUGGGCUUUUUGUGGUACUCCAGAUAAUAUUAAAAUUACUCAAAAAUCUGAAAAUGUAACUACCCAAGAUUUCAAUUUCUGGUUAGAUACUAAUACUUAUUUGAAUGUUCCAAAUACUCAUAGAGGUGAAGUUAAUACUACUUGGGAAACAUGGGAAUGUGGAUCUUUGAAAGAAUCAGGUUCUGUUUUCCCAAACGGCAAGUCUUCUCCAGGUGUGAAUUUUAUUGAAUUGUGGCAACCAAUGAGGAUAGACAAAUCCGAAGAAGUAGUUAAUAUAACCGGUGUAAACAAUGGUAGAUCUAUUGUAUUCAAGGUUGAUGAUUCAAACUACCAAGGUUUAGUUGUCGUUGUUGGCAAAUGGGUUCAAGGCUAUUUGAGUAAAAAAAAUGAUGGCACUAUUAAAGGUUUAAACUUUAUUAGAUCUGUUCAACAAGCGGAUGAAUCAUAUGAAACUACUUUUAAAUAUGGUUCUGAUAUUAGUAAAUUUCCAACCAACUUUACUAACUUGAAAGUUGGUGAAGAUGUUACUGUUAAUGGCUUGGCAUGGACAGUUGUUGAAUAUGACGCUUAG